AUGGCAGCCAAAGCAUUCGGCGCCUUCAUCAGUCAUGAAAGUGAUCCCACACCUCUUGUUCCUGCACUUGCUCCGAUCGUCCCUCGGGAUCACAUCACAGCAACAGCCCCUACCAAGUAUGAGUUGGACGGGCUGAAAUGGGGCCAACGCUUGAAAGGCCCUCCGCCGGACUUCCCUCGAGAUCCUUCCUCCAUAGGUCAAUCUCUCCCUCAGACCCCUGGAGAACUGGAACGAAGUCAACCACCGACCCCCAAACGAGACCAAGCCGUUGAUGCUCUGAUUCAGUCUGCUUGGAAUCCGCCCAGAAACCGGUGGAGGCUGGCUUCAGCCUCUCUUGCCUUCUUCCUCUUGGGAAUCAAUGAUGCGGCCACUGGUGCCCUGAUUCCUUAUUUGGAGGACGAGUACAAGAUCGGUUAUGCUAUCGUGUCGUUGAUAUUCGUUACCAACGCCGUCGGUUUCAUCUCCAUGGCACCGGUAUCGCAAAUGAUCGAGGCUAGUCUCGGACGAGCUCGAUCCAUGAUGAUCUCAAUGGCCCUUAUAAGCAUCGGCUAUAUCGCCAUCAUAUGUACCCCGCCCUUUCCUGUCGUUGUCCUAAGCUUCUACUUCAUGGGGUGUGGGAUGGCGCUCUUUCUGGCAAUGACCAACGCAUUCAUCGUGAAUCUCCAGAACGGCACUGUUAUUCUCGGCUUUUGUCAUGGUCUUUACGGUGUCGGAGGCAUCGUUUCGCCCUUGAUGGCUACCGCGAUGGUGUCCAAUGGUGUACACUGGGCAUACUUCUACCUCAUUCCCCUUUCUAUGUCAUUGCUAUCCAUUGCGUUCAUCGGUUGGUCCUACAAAGGCUUUGAGAACGACUCUGCCGUGCGACUUCUUACCAGCCUUGAACUCACUGCCUCCCGCCAGGCUUCUGCGUUGGGCGAACAGACCAAGUUACAGUUGUUGAAAAGGGCAGUGAAACAACGAACCACUCUUCUAGGCGCCACUUUCAUAUUUUUCUAUCAGGGCAGUGAAGUGGCCAUCUCGGGCUGGGUCAUCUCCUACCUGAUUCAUUACCGAAAGGGCAAUCCGUCUCAGGUGGGCAAUGUCACCUCUGGCUUCUGGGCUGGCAUUACGGUGGGAAGGUUCGUGCUCACUCACUUUGCCCAUAAAAUGGGCGAGAAGCUCUCGGUCAUGCUGCUCAUCAUUGGUGCCGCGAUAUUCCAGCUCCUGGUCUGGCUGGUGCCAAAUAUUAUUGGAAACGCGGUGGCCGAGUCCAUCGUCGGUCUGUUCCUCGGACCUGUCUACCCAUGUGCAACAGCUGUCUUCUCCAGACUGUUGCCACAGAGCAUCCAGAUUAGUAGUUUGUCGGUUAUAACGUCCAUGGGAUCAUCUGGCGGGGCGGUCGUACCGUUCAUUACUGGGUUGUUGGCUCAGAAGCUGGGAACCGUUGUGCUUCAUCCGAUUGUUUUGAUAUCAUUCGCGGCAUUGACGGUAGCAUGGCUGUUACUGCCUCGGAUUUCAAAGAGAACAGAGUGA